CAUACGUUCUCGUCGAUGGAAAAGGCUCCAGAGCCCGUACAGAUGGUUUGAGUCUUGUUUUGGCUCGUCAAUUCUAACUCAUACAUUUCUCAACAUCACUUUUCUGUCAAGUGAAACAUACUCUGACUUUUUGUCACAACUAAGACUAGCCAUUAUGGAGAAGGACUCAAAAGAGUAUCUUCUUGUCCAAGACGGCGACGAAUCUGACGAUGGACAUAUCUACCAGAGUAGAAGUUCGUCCAACCUGGGCUCUAAGCUGAAAUGGACCUCCCUUGUACUCCUUGCUUUGUCUAUUUUGUUGAACAUCUGCCUGGUCAUGAAGAUGUCCAUUUUGAAAACUGCACUAGAUACCAGAGGACGCUCCAAAUAUGCUGGCCUCGAAUUUUCUGAGCGGAUCCUCUACCAUACAGAAACGGAAUACUCGCACAAAAAUGAGACUUAUGCCGAAGAGUUGUGGGAGACCAUUGAUACCAAUCCAGUUGCAAUCACUCUCUCUUAUGAGUAUGCCAGAGAGAACGAUCUCCUCGAGCCCAGACCGUUUCCAUGGGAUGAAAGCAAAGGUCUUUUCUACAUUAAUGGAUUUCAUCAGCUCCAUUGCCUGAAAUUGAUUAAACGAAGUCUUAGCGAAUAUCGGCUGGAUCUCCCUCAAACCUUAGAGCGACAGCACAUUAGUCACUGUCUGGAUGCGCUACGUCAAAAUGUUCUGUGCGCAGCUGAUGACACUCCGAUGCCUACACUCCACAGUCACGCUACAGGAGAUAACCAAGCAAUGCAAUGUCGAAGCUGGGACAAAUUGAUUGAAUGGGCCAGAGACCCAGAGAAGGACGCUUGUUACAGAAUUGUGGACGAGUAUAAAGAUCCAGUGCAUAACUUGGAACGGUUUGCGUACUGUUCGGAGGAUUCUCGUUAUUACGAGACAAUGACCAAUUACUUUGCCAAGUGGGGUCACAAGAACUUGUUCGACGACUAGGAAGAUGUAGCAUAUCUGUUUUCGAGGACUUGAUCCUAUGUCAAGAUCUCUUUGGAGUUUCCUUGAGCACAAUACCUUUGUAGUUUACAUGAAUUCAAUCAGUAUCUAGA